AGGACACGUGGGUGGGGGGAGUUGAGCGCUGAGACCCAGAGCUAAAGCUGAGGGUGAGUCAGUCACCUUGAGCCGGGCGAGCGACGUGGUCCGAGCAGGGGCAGCAGGACAGUGGGAGUGCAGACUGAAAAUAUGCAGACCACUGGGGCACUACUCAUUCCUCCAGCUCUGGUCCGCUGUUGUACCAGGAGUCUAAUCAGGCCUGUGUCUGCCUCAUUCCUGAGUAGGCCAGAGGUCAUCCCAUCUAAACAGCCUUUCUACAGCAGUUCCCUGCUCCAGGUGGCCAGACGGGAGUUCCAGACCAGCGUUGUCUCCCGGGACAUUGACACAGCAGCCAAGUUUAUUGGUGCUGGGGCCGCCACAGUUGGUGUGGCUGGUUCAGGGGCUGGCAUUGGGACAGUGUUUGGCAGCUUGAUCAUCGGCUAUGCCAGGAACCCAUCUCUCAAGCAGCAGCUCUUCUCCUAUGCCAUUCUGGGCUUUGCCCUGUCUGAGGCCAUGGGGCUCUUCUGUUUGAUGGUCGCCUUCCUCAUCCUCUUCGCCAUGUGAGGCUCCAUGGGGGUCACUACCCAUCCCUGCUGCUUCAACUCCAGGCCAUGCCCCAUGCUGGAGUAUGCUAAGCUUUACCAUUAAACACAACGUUUCUCUAAA